UCCGCCAACUCGCUCGCCUUCAUUGGCCCCGCUCACGCUCCUACGCUCACCGAGUUCUGCUACGUUCGGGUGCUCCACGUUGAAGGAGAUAGCGCGACGGUGCGCGUUGUGGGCCCUGAUGCCGGGAAGGAUGGCCACGAACUCCAGCUCCCAGUCGCUGCGAUAGACCUCCGCGUCGUCGAUGCCGCCGAGGCUGAACUCUGGCCCGGAGAUUACGUGGGACAACCCGUCGCGUUCGUUCAACCCAGCGGUCCUUCAACAGGCCAGUGGGCAUAUGGAGUCGUGAUCCGCUACGAGAUGUUGGCCGCCGGCCGAUCGCUCAGCGUGCAAGUCGGGCAGGAAGUUACUACGGUACCACUGUGCCGACCCGAUAACGUACGCCCUUCAAGUUGGGGCGAGAUAAUCGUGCCUCUCAUCCGCCCCCACGAUCUGGCAACGGUGCAAGUACGACGGCAGCACGUUCUCGAUUGCCUCAUGGGUCAGCGCAAAAAGAACGCUCUAGCCAUUUACAACGACCCGCAACUGCCACGUGCCGAUCGAUCAGACUCCGGAGCUGCACCACAGCGACCCAUGUCAUCUCACAUGCCUGAUGACCUACUGAGUAUCACAAGCAAGGCAACGGAUGAUGAUAUCCAGGCGUUCCGCAAUCAGAAUCGUAUGCUUGGUAAGCGAUCAAGAGCCCCGGAACGGGAUGGUGCAUCGGCACACGACGAUCUUCUUUACUAUGGAGUUGGUUAUGGUACCGAGGACGACGAGCCUAGCUCAAACGACGAUGACAAUGAGCCCAGUCGGGGUGCGUUUCGACCAUCAGCGACCCAGCAGCGCGUAAGCCGGACAAUUUUACACCCGCGAUUUCGAGGUAAGUCGUGCAACUACAUUUUCGAACGUAUGCAGCAACGAGUCCACGCCCCCUUCCUCGCCGUGCCACCCGUGUGCCAUGGCCUACUCGACUUUGGAUUUGGCGUCCAUGGACUCUCACUGAUGCACUGCCAUCCGGCAGACUUGAUGACUCGCGUAAAUGCCCAUGAUUCGACUGUCAGCUUUACGGACUUCUCGGAACGCAACACGCUGCGCCCAGCUCAAACGGCAAGGUCGCGCACCGAUGUCAGCAGAUCAUUGCGGUCCCUUCGCGAAUUUGCUGAGCGCUUUUACACUCAGACGGUUGUGAACCUUGUUGACGAUGCGAUCAGCUUUAUCGACUCUUACCAAGGCCUGUCCGACUCCGACAGUGUCGGCUGGAAGCUUAUGGCGUUCUGGAUCACGAGCAAGUUUAGCAAGUUUCGGAGUAUGAUUGUCUCGCGCGACGUUGACGCGGCCCGGAGUAUCGGUAAGCAAGAGUUUACUCGAAAGGACGAGGAUCUAUUGGAACUGGAA